CCACCGAAACCUUAUUUGAACCAAAAGAAUUAUAUGGAGGAGACAAUAGCUACCAUUCUUUACGGGUGUACAUUGAGUAAAGAGAUGGAAUCCAAUUUAGCUAAUUGGGCAAACCAAAGAGAUGUUCUUUUAAGUAAAACAGAAGAGAUAAUUUCUGUAUUUAGUAAUGUAAAAGAAAAAUUAAUUAUUCACGAUGUAGUUCAAGAAUGGUUGAGUAAUAGUGGUCAUCAACAGGCACUAGAAUUGUAUCAUGCAACAGAUCAUACAGCUACGGCGACGGGAUUUACGGUGCAUGGACUACCGCAGGGAAGUGAUCAAAUGACGGCUUCUCAUGAUUCCACUAGAGUUGCUGCUGCUUCUUCCUCACAAAGACAAAGAACAAGGUGCAGAACAGGAGAUAGAGAUAGAAGAACAUUGAGAGUGGGUGCUCCAAGAAUGGGAAAUCUUGAACUUCCACCAGAGGAUGGUUAUACUUGGAGAAAAUAUGGUCAGAAAGAGAUUCUUGGAUCUAGGUUCCCUAGGGCUUAUUAUAGAUGCACCCAUCAAAAGCUAUAUCAUUGUCCAGCCAAGAAGCAAGUCCAGCGCCUUGAUAAUGAUCCUUACGUAUUUGAAGUAACAUACCGAUCUCAACACACUUGCUAUAUGUCCGCCACAGCUCCCACCGUGCCACCUCCUUCCGUGGAGGAGAUGACUCAUCAAACCACCACGACCCUUCCACCUGCACCAUUGCUAUUGCCGCCACCAACUUCAGCCUCCUUAAGCGGGCAUUGGCUCUCCAUGGAUAUUAAGCCACAAGGAGAUCAAGCUGGCACAAGCUACACUACUACUCCAUUUGACAUACAAAGGGAUUUUGGGCAUGGUACUGUUGGUUCACUGGCUAGCCUAGUGACGGCUGGCGUGGGUGAUGUGGGGCCCUCCGGUGGUAGAUAUGGAAGAGAAAUUGAUUACCAGCCGGUGGUAGAUAUGGCGGACGCCAUGUUUAACUCAGGGAGUAGCAGCAAUACGAGCAUGGACAAAAUAUUUUCUUCUAUUGAUGACAAAUGGGACACGGCAGAAAGAAAGAAUAAUAGUUCAUACUGUGGAAUUAAUAUAUUGUUCAUGAGGAACAUAGGUUAAUUAAAUUCAAUUGAUUGUCAAUAAACUAUUCCUGACCAUGUAUUAGUCAUGAUCAAAUGAUUGUGAAAUAUAUACCAACAGGUUUAUUAACUUGUCUAGCUUAAUUUAAGUGUAGUGUCAUUUUAUUCCAGUGUAA